AUGAUCGCUCUGAACUUCUGCCACAAGGAGCCUCCGCAUUUGGGUGCAUUUUCAACGGCAGCUGGAAUGCCAUGGGUUGGGAACAACAUUUUUUUUGUUCCUGACAAGCAGAAGGCAGAGCACGGAGAACCAGUCCCGGUGGCUGGGAGGUACAGCAGCAAACUGGCUCAGGGUGGCCGCCUUGGAGCAGACGGCGAAGGUGAUGGUCAUGAUGGCCAGCAGGAUGAGGUGGUCCGCCUCCUCCGCCACGGACAGCCGCUCCGCUCUCCUGCGGGGCCCCGGGCCGCCGCUGAAGGACGAGGGUCCGCAGCGGCUCCUUCUGCCCCGGCGGUGCAUGCGGACGAGGUUGAGGAUGACGCUGAAGUUGCAGGCGAGCACCGCCACGAUGAGCAGCAGCAGGACGGUGGCGUAGAGCUGCAGAUGCUGGCUUUCUGCCUCCAUGCUCACUCCUAUGAAGUUGCCAGUUGCUUCAACUGGAGUCUGGAUUCAACCCGAGGAACAGGACCACUAAGAGCGGUACCUGUCAAGCGGUCAGCAGCCAGAGGGGAAGCUGGUGCGCCUCACAGAUCGGCAGAGGCGCUCGACUUAGAAGAAGCCGAAGGAGAAGAAAUGGCAGGAGCUGGAGGAGCCGCAAGCCUGAGCGCUGCCGCAUGCACCAAGUAUGAUUCUACGGAUGGCGGUUACCUUUCAAAGUCACCUGUUGAUCCUAGGUUUGGGCGGCUCUGGAGAAGCCAUGUGUUUUCUGCAGGUGCCUCCUGGGCUCCCAAGGACAGAGGCUGUGUUUAUUACCGGCAGAUUCUACAGGGCACUGCAACUCUUGGCGGUUCCUUACGCCCCCCAGCGGACAGCUGAGCAACUCGUUGGCCAGAACUGAGUCAUUCUUUCACUCAGUACCUAA